AGCUCCACCACCUCUCGCCGGCGUCCCUCCCCUCCCCCUCCCCCUCCUCUCCCGCCGGCCACCGCCGGGCCGCACACAAUGGUGGCGCCGGCUUCCAUCUCCACCUUCUCCUCCUCGUCAUCUUCCUCUUCCGUCGCACCCAGGACCCACCGCCGCGGCCUCCUCGCGGGGCGUGCGCCGCUGCCGCCGGCCCGGACCGUCGCCUCCUCCCGCGCUCCGCUCGUUGUGUCCAGCCCCCCGCCCACGCCAGCGCCAGCUCCCGCGCCCGCUCCGGGGCAGGCCAAGGUCGACCGGUCCGGCCGCUUCUGCAGCCCCCGCGCCGCGCGCGAGCUCGCGCUGAUGGUCUCCUACGCGGCGUGCCUGGAGGGCGCCGACGUGGUGCGCCACUUCGACCGCAGGGUGGCCGCGAGAAGAGAGCCUGGCUAUGUUUUCAACAAGGCGUGCGUGCAGAGCUACAAUUUCAUGAGCUUCUGUGGGGGGCCUCUGGAGGUCGCGACAGAGGAGGAGGCCGAGAAGCUCAUGAGUCAGAAUGAGAAGGAUUCGGCAAAUGAAGCAGAAGUUCUUUCGGCUCCUCCAAGGCUGGUGUACAACAAUUUUGUGUUACGAUUGGCCCGGGACAUGUUAGUGGCAGUUGCCAGUGGAUGGGAUCAGCAUGUUGAAGUCAUCAACAAAAUAAUUCCCCAACAUUGGAAGGAUGAACCUGUUGCAAGGAUCCUUGAACUCUGCAUCCUUCAUAUUGCCAUGGCAGAGAUGACAUCGAAAGGAACUCCUCACAAAGUUGCCAUUAAUGAGGCGGUAGAUCUGGCAAAGCGGUUUUGUGAUGGAGGUGCUCCUCGGGUGAUCAACGGAUGCCUUCGAACAUAUGUGAAGGACCACAUGAGCAAUGGCACUAGUCAGACAGCUGAAUCAAAGCCAUAAAGUUUCUGUAAAUAUGUAUUACACGGGAGGUUCAAACUAGUCCUGGCUUGAAAAAAGGAUUGGCAGUUGAAACUACAGAAGCACAGAUCCCAUUCAGUUGUUUUAUUGAAUGGUGAACCUGGAAGUAGUUAAAGAAGCUGGACUCGUGAAGAUCUAGAAAUAUCCUCAAAUGUUUAACCGGUCCAGAUGCACAACCUAUGUGCCGAUGAUGCACACUCGCCUGAAGCAACCGAAGGGUACUUACUAUUUCUAACAGCUUUUGCACCCGCUGAACCCUGUGAUUCAUUCGAUGACAAGUGUUGUAAACUUUUAUGUGAAUGUAAGAUUGUACAUUUCUGAACUCGCAGCACCACACUGGUCCUGCUCAAUAGUUAGAAAGGCGGAAUUUAGAGAGGAUAUUUGUAAGAUACAUGCAUUCUAAGGUUUGGGUAUGAUAGUUUACAACUUUAUUUGCA